AUGCCUCCUUCUACUUCGGAGGCCGAACGAGCCGCCGCCCGCGGUGUUCUUGCAGGAUACAAUCGCAAUCCCUCCUACGGCAAUCCCGCCGUCAAAACCCUCGUAGAUUGCUAUGAAGCGAAUCUCGCCAAUGACCAGGAGCUGAUCAAACCCACCCUCUGGGCGCCCACGGUCGUGGCGACCUUGAUCAGGGCCUGA